CGAAACAGCAACAACAACAAUAACAAAAGCAACAAUUUGCAAUUACAAUAAUUUAGCGUAAGGCAACGUGCGUAAUCCAUUUGGGUGUGCGUGCACUGAGAACAGGCAAAAUUAUGCAAAAAACAAGCACCGCCAAAGGCAGCAGCAACGGCAACAGCAACAGAAACUACAACAGCAACAGCAAUAGCAGCAGUCGCAGACCCCAUAUAAAAAUAGCGCAAAAAGCAACGUGUUGAACACGUCUAAAUGAAAAUCAAUUUUCAAAAACCAAGUCAACGAAGACUAUUAAAAUAAGGAAAAAAAAUAGCAGACACUACAGCGAAACAGAGAAACCGAGAAAUAAGGGAAAUUUGCAAAAAUGGCAGCCGCCGUACGACAUCAUCAGUAUUUCAGCCUUCGCUGGAAUAACUAUCAGAAUACCAUGACUUCAGUGUUUCAACAGUUACGCGAGGAUUUAUCCUUUGUCGAUGUGACCUUGUCCUGUGAACAUGGUUCACUCAAGGCUCACAAGGUUGUCCUGUCCGCCUGUUCGACAUAUUUUCAAAAAUUGCUGCUCGAAAAUCCAUGCAAGCAUCCAACAAUAAUAUUACCUGCCGAUAUCAUCUUUACCGACUUAAAAACCAUCAUUGAUUUUGUUUAUCGAGGUGAAAUUGAUGUUACCGAAUCAGAAUUACAGGGUCUGCUACGUACCGCCGAACAAUUGAAAAUCAAAGGACUCUGUGAGACAGCUGAAAAUGCAGAUGAUUUAAAUGAUGCGGCAACUGCCACAAUAACAGUAUCCGAAAAUAUACAACAAUCAGUUGUUGGUAAUAUAGUUAAUGCCACUAUAGUACCCGGAGGAGCCAAUUCACCCACCGCAAUUGAACAGUCUCAGCAUCAGCAUCAGCAACAUCAUCAUCAUCAGCAGCAGCAGCAACAGGAGCAGCAACAGCAGCAACAUCAUCAGCAACAACAACAGCAGCAGCAGCACCAACAUCAGGUACAAAAUCAAAGUCAUCAGCAGGAGUUAAGCUCAGCCUUUGGUCCAUUGGGCGGGCAAUUGUUAAGUACGAAUAGUUCGGUGAAUGGUGAGCCGGCAUCAAGAAAAACUCGUCCAAAACGUUCCAAAUCACCGGAUCAACAACAGCAACAACAGGAACACCAUCAGCAACAGCAGCAGACAAUUUUAAUUCAGGGACAAAAUCAAACAUCAAUUGUUAGUUUACAUCAAACAGUCGAUGGAAAUUAUAUACCCGUGAAUGCCACUGGGCCGGGUGACGAAUCGGACGUGGAUAACGAUCACGAACUUGAUCACGUGCAUGAGCACGAACACGAACACGAUCACGUGCACGACGAGGACGACGACGAAGACGUGCAUGAGAGUAAACCAAAUAAGAUUUGUAAAACAGAACAAUCACUUGUCUCGCCAACAUCAAAUUCGUCCCAUACGCCAUCGACACAUCAUCAUCAUCAUCAACAACAUCAUCAACAACAUCAACAACACCAUCAACAUCAACAACAAAAUGCUGCGGCGUCAACAGCAGCUGGAGGAGGCGUGGUGAGCGGCAACAACGGCACCAGCAACAGCGGCUUAACAACAACAUCAUCAGCAGCAGCAGCAGCAGCAGCAUCAGCAGGAGCAACAACAGCAGCAACAUCGGCAUCAUCAUCCGCAGGAGGAGGCGGUGGUGGUCAAGCAGCAAUUGUCACACAAAUUGUAGUAGCGCGCGACGGAAAAGAUACAAAAAAUAUGACUAGUUUAGGCAUGGGAUUGAAUGGCGGCCUAUUGGGCGUACCCAUGGGAUUUCUGGACUUUACACCCGAACCACCAGCACCAUCAGCCACACCAGUCACUGUAACGGAACAUGUCGAUAUCUCCUGCAAUCCAAGCACAGAUACGCGAGAUCUAUCAAAUCCCACCGAACCGCUUGACAUUGACAAUCAUUUGGCGCAACAAAUCCAUCGGCUCGAUCAAUCUCCCAUGCAUUCAAUAGCCCAUCAUCAUACGGGCGAUGAGAGUAAUUCGAAUUUGGUGCAAGUGCAGCAUAUAAAAAGUGAAGUAAUUGAGGCGAAACAUUUAUCGCUUGCUGCACAGCAUCAGCAACAGCAGCAGCAGCAACAUCAGCAGCAUCAGCAACAACAGCAACAACAACAUCAGCAGCAUGCCCAUGUCCAGGCCCAACAGCAUGCUGCCGCUGCAGCUGCCGCCGCAGCCGCUCAUCAGCAGCAGCAGCAACAACAACAACAACAGCAGCAGCAACAGCAACAACAACAGCAGCAUCUACAUGCGCAACAAUUGUUGGCCCAACAACAACAACAGCAGCAGCAACAACAACAUCAGCAGCAGCAACAACAACAAGCGGCGGCGGCAGCAGCAGCUGCAGCAGCUUCUGGGGUGCAUGCACAGCAUGGUGGACAUGUGACGCAUGCGGAUAUUGGUGGGGCAACUGUCAUGGAGAUUGAUCCGAGCCAGAUAAAGCAUGAACCGGGCAUGAUAAUAACGCCAGAGAUUGUCAAUAUGAUGUCGUCCGGUCAUAUGGAUAUGUACAAUUCAGAUACCAGCGAGGAUUCCAUGAUGAUUGCCAAUGGCUCACCGCACGAUCAAAAGGAGCCGCACUAUACGAAUUUGGAUCAGAAACACGGAAUACUUGGCGGCAGCGGAAUUUGCGGUCCGGGUGGUGCUGGUGGUGGUGGUGGUAGUGGUGGUAAUGGUGGUGGUGUGGCUGGUGGCGUUGCUGGCGAGAAAGGUCAGUUUAAUGGUCCCAAAGCUUGGACACAAGAUGAUAUGAAUUCAGCUUUAGAUGCAUUAAAGAAUCAAAACAUGAGCCUGACGAAAGCAUCCGCCAUAUAUGGUAUACCAUCGACCACCCUAUGGCAACGUGCUCAUCGCCUGGGCAUCGAAACGCCCAAGAAGGAGGGCGGCACAAAAUCAUGGAACGAGGAUGCAUUACAAAAUGCCUUGGAGGCAUUACGUGCGGGUCAAAUAUCCGCCAAUAAGGCAUCGAAAGCCUUUGGUAUACCCUCAUCGACAUUGUACAAAAUUGCCCGACGUGAGGGCAUCAGAUUGGCAGCACCAUUCAAUGCCGCACCAACAACAUGGACGCCGGAGGAUUUGGAACGGGCAUUGGUGGCAAUUCGAGCGGGUAAUACAUCGGUGCAAAAAGCAAGUGCCGAAUUUGGCAUACCAACAGGCACACUUUAUGGACGCUGCAAACGCGAAGGGAUUGAAUUGUCGCGUUCAAAUCCUACACCCUGGUCUGAGGAUGCCAUGAAUGAGGCCCUGAAUUCAGUUCGUGUUGGCCAAAUGUCAAUCAAUCAGGCGGCCAUUCAUUAUAACCUGCCCUAUAGUUCACUCUAUGGGCGCUUUAAGCGUGGCAAAUACGAUGUUGUGGCCAAUACCAGCGGAGUUUCGCUAUUGAAUACCUCAGGCAACACAACUGGAAGCAUUGAGAUUAUUGAGCAUAGUCAGGAGAAUUCGUUGCAUAUGUUGCAGCAACAGUUUCCAUACAGUCCGUCACCGCAUCCACCAACGCCACAGCAUCAUAGUACACCGCAACAGCAUCACAGCAGCUCCCAGCAAGGACCGCCAACGCCACAGCAUAUGCAGCAGCAGCAGCAACAGCAUGUGGUCCAUAUGCAGUCGCCACAUCAGGGUCAUAUGGCAACGGGUCAUAUGCAACAGGAUGUGGUUACCUCAAGUAGCCAAGUGGUGCACGGCCAGCCGCAGCAGCUUCAACAGAUCUAUCAGCAUCAUGGUACGCCGGAGCGUAGUUGAGAAUCACUGCAUGCUGCUUCAUUAAUGGGCAGCAGCGGCAGCGGAGGAGUAGGAGGUGGUGGAGUAGGAGGAGGAGGAGGAGGAGGAGGUGGGCCUGGUGUAUUAACGGGUAUCAGCACUACACCCUUUGCUAGCAUAUCAGCAUUGGUUAGCGGUGGAUCAGGAGCACCAUCACCUCAUCAUCCACCACCACCGUCAACAUCAGCUUCAACUGGCACUAGCAAACGAAAGAAAGCAGCUAAACAAAAGCGUUGAGUGGAACCGGAAUAUCUAAAACCGGAACUACUACUAGUAGACAACGUUGAGGACGAUGACGACGACGAUGACGCAGCCAUUGCCGCCGUGGCCAAGCCGGCGGACAUCAAGUUUAGAUUCAAUUCAAAGCAUUGGAAGCGUAAACUUAAACAAUUCCAUACGCGGUUGUCCGUAGGCAGGCAGUGGGCCAAACCCAAACCCAACUAGAUAACAGAAACAUUAAAUUACACAAGUUUGGAAUGUGUAUAAAAA